GGCCGGGCCGCAGCACUGUGGUCGGUGCGGGCGUGGCAGGGGCGGGGCGGCCUUAUCGCUCGGCUCUCCCGCCUACGCCUCCCGCUCCAGAGUAAGCCGGGCCGCCGUCUUCUCGCCAUGGGCUCCGGGCCGCGCGGGGCGCUGAGCUUACUGCUCCUGCUGCUGGCCCCGCCGAGCCGCCCGGCCGCAGGUUGCCCGGCGCCCUGUAGCUGCGCGGGGACGCUCGUGGACUGCGGGCGCCGCGGGCUGACUUGGGCCUCGCUGCCGACCGCCUUCCCUGUCGACACAACCGAGCUGGUGCUGACCGGCAACAACCUGACGGCGCUGCCGCCGGGGCUGCUGGACGCGCUGCCCGCGCUGCGCACCGCACACCUGGGCGCCAACCCCUGGCGCUGCGACUGCCGCCUUGUGCCGCUGCGCGCGUGGCUGGCCGGCCGCCCCGAGCGUGCGCCCUACCGCGACCUGCGUUGCGUGGCGCCCCCAGCGCUGCGCGGCCGCCUGCUGCCCUAUCUGGCCGAGGACGAGCUGCGCGCCGCUUGCGCUCCCGGCCCGCUCUGCUGGGGGGCGCUGGCGGCGCAGCUUGCGCUGCUGGGCCUUGGGCUGCUGCACGCGUUGCUGCUGGUGCUGCUGCUGUGUCGCCUGCGGAGGCUGCGGGCCCGGGCCCGCGCUCGCGCUGCAGCCCGGCUGUCGCUGACCGACCCGCUGGUGGCCGAGCGAGCCGGAACCGACGAGUCCUGAGGAGAGAACCGGUGCGUCCUGAGGAGAGAACCGGCGCUGGGCAACGCGGGCCUGCAAACUCGACAGGAACCUGCCCGAGGGGCCCUCGCGCCAACCUGGACCGGUCUCCGCCUCCUCCGCUGCCCAAUCUCUCAGACCCACCCCACCUGCAGGCCCAGACCACGUGGGACAGAACUCCUGCCCACCCUACCCCGAGGGAGGCGAACCCGCACUUCCAGGCUUGGGAAGACCAUGGGGCACAAUGCGGUCCAGACCCUGCUGCGUCUCCCUUCCAAACUCUGGUGCUGAAUAAACCCUUCUGAUCUGG